UCACUGUCGGCUUUUUUUGCUAUUUCAGACUUCGGUGUUAGUGCAUUUUUAGCGACUGGUGGUGAUAUUACCAGAAAUAAAGUGAGAAAAACCUUUGUGGGCACCCCUUGCUGGAUGGCACCAGAAGUCAUGGAACAGGUCAGAGGUUAUGACUUCAAGGCAGACAUCUGGAGUUUUGGAAUCACUGCUAUAGAGCUGGCUACUGGGGCAGCUCCUUAUCACAAAUACCCACCGAUGAAGGUUUUAAUGCUGACACUACAGAAUGAUCCACCUUCUUUAGAGACUGGUGUGCAAGAUAAAGAAAUGCUGAAGAAGUAUGGGAAAUCAUUUAGGAAGAUGAUUUCCUCAUGCCUACAGAAAGACCCUGAAAAAAGACCAACAGCAGCAGAGCUAUUAAGACACAAAUUUUUCACAAAAGCAAAGAAUAAAGAAUUUCUACAAGAAAAGAUGUUGCAGAGAGCGCCAACAAUCACUGAAAGAGCUAAAAAGGUCCAGAGGGUCCCGGGUUCCAGUGGGUGUCUUCAUAAGACUGACGAUGGUGGCUGGGAGUGGAGUGAUGAUGAACUAGAUGAAGAAAGUGAGGAAGGCAGAGCAGCAAUUUCACAGCUCAGGGUGAGCCUCUGGAUUCUGCAAAAAUUGUAUUAUUUGUAUUGCAGUCGUGCCUAGAUGCUCCAGCAGUCU